CGACCGGCAUUUCCCGGUUUUGGCAACUUCCCAUUCCAAUACCCACCGAGUUUUCCGUCACAACUCGUCCCUCAAAAAAACCUCCUCUCAAAGAAAUAAAGAAAAAGGAAACACAAAACAAAAACAAAAAUAAUAAUAAAGGAAGAGAGGUCUCUGUAGAUUCAGGGGAGAGAUAGGAUCUCCCGCAAAACUGAGUUAGGAUUUGCAGAGAAGGAAACAAAGAGACAUCCGAUUUCCUCUUUCUCUGCAAAACCCCAAGCUCAGAAAUCUUUUCUCUCGUAAUGCCCUCAACAUCGCAACCGGUCUUCGUAACAUACGACGCCCACGAUGACAUCCACGAUGCCGUGUUUGCGAAGAAGGGCUGCUGCUUCUCCGCCGCUGGAUCUGUCUGGUGGGAGCGCAUUAAAACCGUCGAUUGUGGAAACCGGGAGCCGCACGAGCGGUGGUGGAUACGGGGUUGGAGAAAGCUGCGGGAAUUCUCGGAGCUGGUGGUAGGGCCAAAGUGGAAGACGUUCAUCCGUCGGCUCAGCCGGAACCCUAAUUGCUUUUGCGGCGGCAGAGGAGGAGGCGGUGAUUGGUUUACCUUUGGUGGAGGCAGAGGGCAAGGGAAAUUCCGCUACGAUCCGUGUAGUUACGCUCUGAACUUCGAUGAGGGGAGACACAAUCAUCAUUACGACGAGGGCCUGGCGCUGCGGGAUUUCUCUUCCAGGUAUGCUUCGCUACCGUCCUCUGCCAAAUGCUCCAUGGAUCUCGGCAAGGACGCGCCACUCUUCACGUGAUUAAAACGGCAGCGUUUGGCUUUAGCUUGGAGAAGAAGAAGAAGAAGGUGGAGAUGACGGGUUCGAUGAUCGAUAGAAUGGAGGCGUUUCUUUUUCUUUUUAUUUUUAUUUUUAUUUUUUCAAUUGUUAUAUUCUUUUAAUUAAAUUAAGAAAUUAUGUAGAGAAGAAAUACAGAUUAAGCGACAAAAGAAGAAGGAAGGAAA